GUCCCUUCAUCUCUCUUCACCAUGGAGUCUCCUGGCUCCGGCUCCGGCGCCGGCGCCGCGGCCGCCGCCACGGUCUGCUGCAUGUGCGGCGACCACGGCCUGCCGCACGAGCUGUUCCGCUGCGGCCACUGCCGCCGCCGGCUCCAACACAGAUACUGCAGUGAGCUCUACCCGAGAGUGGCGGCGUACCGGCGGUGCAACUGGUGCCUGAGGGAGGGUAGGAGGGUGGGCUCCCCGGCGGCGAAACGGGGGAGGAUAUCUGCGCAUGCGUCGUCGUCGGAGGUGGUCGAUUCUGAGGCGGGUAAGAGUGGGCGCUCGUGUGGCGGUGCUGGCUGCUCGAGGUCGGCCUUCCUUGCGGAGCCUGGCAAACCGGUGAAAAAGCCCAAGGCCGGGGUGAUGCUUGUGGAGGAGACAGCGGCGGCGACGGCGAAGGAGAGGAAGCCGCUGGCUGCCGUGGGGAAGGCAAGGUUUAGGGUGAAAGUGAGACGGUACAAACUCUUGACCGAGGUGAUCAGCUGCUAGCCGGUGAAAAUAGUGCAAGGCGGAUCGGAACAUAAUCCUCUGUAUUAGAAUCUCAAUAAUGUGAUUAUGGAGGCAUAUAAGUUAUGCAUAUACGUCAUUACAAAUUGACUGAAUUAAAAUAUACUAUUACUGUUUAUCAAACCAGCUCAGUGUCACUGGUAUUUUAUAUAAAUCUGAAU